CUUUUUACGUCAAUUUAGGUAGUUUUGUGGACUGAUUGUGAAAAAUAUUGAAAAAUUCUUAAAAACAAUUAUUAAUACUGUACACGUAUUACGAUGAAUAGCAAAUAUUAUUAUUCUCUAAGGACUACGCUUUUUUAUCAAAACCUUUGUUUUCAUUCAAGUUGUUUAUCCCUUACGAUCGCUACAAUAUAAUUUUUUUAUUGACGUAUUUAGUACAGGAUAUGGAGGUCAAUCCUUUAAAUAUAUUUUUUGUGAAAUCCGAUAGUAAAGGGGAUAGAUUGCUAUUUAGAUAUCCGUACACUAGUGAGAACAAAGAUGAGAGUACGCAGAAGAAAUGUGGUCGUCACAAUCCCUAUGCGAUUAACUGUACAGAAGACCUUUUACAAAAUUCUCAAACCCAAACAUCAAAUAUCUGUAAAGGUCAACUAAGCGGCUUCACAGAUGAGAUGCUAUCAACAUUAUUCGCUGUUAAAGCUGAAUUAUGCAAUAGGAAGUUUGAAUUGAAAGUAAAUGAUGUGAGAUUUGUGGGUCAUCCAACUCUACUGCCAUAUAGAACAAAUAAAGAUGACACAGCGGCCAUGAUUCUCAUAAACAUUGUGUUUGCAUUACAGGCAUCGGCUAGUCAUUCUAUUGUGAAAUGCUACUAUGAUUUAAGUAAAAGACUCGGGAAGGCGUUAAGGCACGAAGAGAAAAGAUGUUCUUAUUUGACAGAAGAAAUGAAGAUAAUGCUUGCAGCUCAUGAUGAAAUUUCAGCUUUGGAUAGCGAAAUAAAUUCCGGUGAGAAUGACGACCACGAAGAGAACUCGAGACACUCAGUGAGUUCAAUGAACUUUAACACGGACAAUGGUCCUAAUGCCACACCAAAAUCCGCCUUUCAUAUAAUUUUACAAAGAAGCUCCCUUGCUAGGUCCAUGAAAUCUGUUUUUGAAGAAUUAAGUAGUACAGGUAUUGUACAAGUGCGGAUAAAUAAAUGGGUGUUAUUAUCAUUCUGUCUACCGCACAAAGCCCAUCAAAUACACAAUAGAGGCCUUGUUAUAGAACCAGAGACAAUAGACAAAUGUGUUCAGAAGUUGAGGCCAUACCAUGGAAUACUGCUUAUGGUUAAUCCAAAUGAUUUGUUGGCAUCCAUACCGUUAGACGGAAGUCCAGCCCUGUUGAGACUCAUAAAAUUAUAUAGUCCACUGAAAAGUCUCCAAACACUAGCUAUAGAAGCUGAUCUGACACUUACACAGGCGUUUCAACUAACCGGUCAUCUGGUGUAUUGGGCAAAAGCAACAGUAAUAUAUCCUCUAUGUGAGGGCAAUGUGUAUGUUGUGGCUCCGGGAGCUAAUGUACACAUACACUCACCGCUUGUUGAUGAGUUUGCUAAGGAGUUCCCCGGACUAUGCUUGUUACAGAUGUUGAGCGAGUUCUCUCUACCGGCUCCUCUGUGGUAUGUAUCACGCGGUGCGUGGGGUUCCCGAUGCCGGCCGGCUAGACUGGUAGCCUGGCUCCUGCGUCGGAGGCUGUUACUGCAACUGCACACCUACGUGCAGUUCAAUUCGCCGCACCACGCGAACUGGCCGCAACACCCACUCGCAGACGGCAAAGAAUACGUGUGUGAGAAACACGACGUGUAUUAUCAUUCGAACAACGUGUCAUACUCUUCAUUGAACCAAGUGCAGCUAAACGUGCCCGAACCGGUCGAGUCCAGGGAAAGCGUCAACAACUUCCCUGACUCCGACGAGGAUUAUCCAACGCAGAACAACUUGAAUCAAACAGAUUUCUCACACACACAACCCAUAGUUAUAGAAUCCGAUCAUUCUAAAUACGAUAACUUCAACGAAACGGAUUCAGCGCAUCACUCGUUCGACGAUGGCGUAGAUGUAGUAGACGGUCUUGUUAAAACUAAUGGCUACGACAAAGAAAACAUACAGAAGAAAACACAGAUGAACUCCGUUGACAGCGGCAUAUCUAACAUAAACGGCCACGCUGAUAUUAGUAUGAAGAACGGUGACAGAACAUUACAGUCGCGACUUUCGAAUCUGUCGUUGAAAGAGACUGAGAAUAUAUUGAUAAGGGACAUGAGCAGCGAUGAAGAUAGAUGCGAGGACUCGAACACGUCGCCGCGAGUCCACAACGGGCACGGACAAAAUGGCGUCGAUAAAAAGAACGGAGUGUCAUUGAAUCUCAAACUACAGAGCGAAAUGAGCUUUCAAUCGCCCACAGUAUGGAGCGCGCCUCUAGGUUGCGAGGCGGCGGACACGUGUCGCGCGCCCGACCCACCCUCAACCGAGUCACUCCUAGACACGUUCAGUUGUGAGGAGCGAGCGGUACUCGCUACCAUACCCGCCGCCGACAACCAAGACGACCUGCUGCUGCUGGCACAGCUACAUAAGAAAGGAUACUUCAGAGGUGAACAGCAUCUUGAGGAGAUCAUGUUUAUGGAGAACGUGACUCGAUCACAAUUGAUGCAGCUUUUAGACAAAUUCAAAGACGUUCUCAUCACCUUCGAGACCGAAGAUCCAGCCGUCGCUAUGCUAUACCCUUACUAUUAGUCAUAAUAGAUCAACCGCAUCCGAUCUAACAUUAUACAUACAUAUAUGUAAAUAUUGUGUUUGCUGGUGCAAAGCUUUUGUAUAGUAUAAUAGAUAUUGAUUUUAUUUAAAUUAAGUAGUAAUUUUUGUUCAUUCUUAUUUUACAUAUUUUUUUUAUUGUGAAAUAUAAUCUGUAUUUAUUAUUAUUAGUUUUAAAUAAUCUGUCUGUUUCAGCAAUCUGUCAAUGUCAUGUCUUGUUUUUACUAAUUUUAUACGAUAUCGUUUUAAACUAAUGUAUAAAUAAAGAAAUAUUACACCGUAUUAUGACAGUAAGUAUUUACAAUAAUUAAACCCAAUAACAUAAACAGUCUUGAUUCCUAAA